CACAGUUUCGGUGUUGCUCUGCAUAAUUAGAGACCAUCAACUUUUUGAUCAGUUUUUUUUUUAAUUAGUGCAGAAAAUACAAAAUCCGGAGGUGAACAACAGCAGUCGAAUUAAAAGUCCAUCAAAUGGCUGAACCCAUUCGAAUAUCGGCCCUGGGUCGUGAUGCGCAGGUCGGAGAUCUCUACAACUACCUCACCGACGUCAUUGUGCCAAGUGGGAUUGACGUACCGAACGAACGUAAAACGAUUUCGGAUACUGUGGGAGACCCGAAGCUCUCAUUCAUCUACCAGCAACCCGAAAAAUCUAAACGUCAUUUUCUUGGUAUCAACUCUCAUCUACUUCAGAAUAUGAAGCGAGGGUCGGUGCCCGGUCACCAACUUUGGUUCUCCGAUUACCUCAAUACAAACUCGAUGGAUGGCGACGAAGGACACGCUCAAGUCACGCUCUUGUUUCGAGUAGUUCGACGAACCGAAACCCUGGAUUUGGAUUUUCUACGAUCGAAAAUAGACGACUAUCAGCUUAAAAGUACUGCCGGGGGGGCAACGCAUGUCAUUGAUGAGGUCGUCUACGGCGCGGAGGUGAUUUGUUCUAUGCGCAAAGCGUUAGAUUUAUCGCAAGAAACAAAGGAGAGCGCUGAAGUUAGUAUUUACUUUGCGGCUAAGAAGUAUUUGGAUGAGACAAUCGUGAAAUCGACCAGUCUGGAAUUGCCAAUCGAAUUGGACCAAGUCUCUUGUACGUUUUUGAGUAGUAUCAAACCUGGUAAAAAGAAUGAAAUGUCUUUUCACUCAUUCAAUCUCUACUUGCAAAAUCUGCUGGAUACGGGCAACAAUCGACAGAAGUGUAAACCUAUGGAAUUUCUUUUACGAAAUAUGUCUGCUGCUCAUAUCGAAGCCAAACUGUGUUCAGAGAGAAAGGAUGAUGUCACACUGGAAAAAGAGCAUCAUCAAGUCAAUAGAAAAUGGAUUACUAAAGAAAUGCUGGACAUUUCUAACGAUCCUUCUCUUAAACGCUUUCCUUUGCUCGAAAAAUUUAUUUGCUACUUCCGUCAUCUACUGCCUCGUUUUUGGAAGGGAAUCGACGAAACCUACAAAACGUUGGAGAUGUUACCCGAAGAAAAGGUUUUAGAAGAAAUGAUUUAUAUUUCAGAUUGGCUGAAGAAAGUAAUGGACUUGUUUGCCUGUUGGCGUAAGGAUAUCCGAGAAAUGUGUUGGCUUUUGAAAGACACCGAUUUAGUUCUGCUGGAGAUGCAAGAAAUCGAAGCUCAAAUGACGACAAAGGAUUGCAAAAUCGCCAAACUGUUCGUCUUGAACCUUGACUACAAACAAGUCCUUAUCGUAAAAGACAUAGAGGAAUUAGUUGGUCAACAAACCUCGACUGCUAUGCUGCCCGUUUUGCCGAUUUUCUUAUACGAAAAGGAACAAAUCGGAUGUAUUCGUUCCGCAUUGAGUCAGUUUGCAAACGAGGCAAGGCUGGCCAAGUUGAGUUCAUCAGUUGGAACUAGCUACUACGUUGGACUUGAAUCUUCAACGUUAGAAAAUGGAGCUGCAAAAAUCGUAGAUUAUUCUGGUAUAUCGCCAAUAAUUAUCUCAGAGGAUAAUCUAGUUGAAUACUUGCAAAUGAAACAAAAGCACCAAUUGUCUGGCAGCAGUUCUUCCGUUUCUGCUUGUUUGCCUCCCCGUUUGAUUCCUUCCGUUGCUUCAGACAAUCAGACAACUAAAAGGAGCAUCAGCCGGAAAGAACAGAUCGGAACGCGAGCUGAGUCGAACAAGCCAAAUUUACAUUUUGAUCAGAUUAGCUUGUACGAAACAAAUGUAACGGAGCCAUCAACAUCCACUGAAGAUAAAAGCAAUGGACAAAAUCAGACAGUCAAUAGGUCAAGGAUUGCUCAAGUGCGUGAUAUUUUACAAUAUGGAAUGUCGAAUCUUCAACAAGAAAAGGUUAUUCAGCAUCAUGAAAAGUGUGAAGGAAUCGUAGACAGGAGAGGCUUGAGGGUAGAUAAAAUUGGGGUAUGGAAUCGUAAUGGAGAUCAAAAUUCUAGACGAAUGGUCCACGGAAACACGGAGCCUAAAGAAAACCGAAGAAUAGCUGAAAUCUACAUUGACGAGAGGUACAGCACAUUAAUCAAAAAAGGAUCGCCCAACAUUUAUUUGCUGAACGCGUUAAAAAAAUCAAAUAGCGACAACAAUAAAUGGUUUGAUAUCUGCCGGCCCGGCGACCCUAUGCGGUCGCGCAAUUCGAAGGUUCACAAAAUAAUCAUUUUGGUAGGUGCCACUGGAUCGGGUAAGAGCACUCUAAUCAACGGCAUGGUCAAUUACAUCUUAGGAGUCAAAUGGAACGAUCCAUUUCGUUUCAUGUGCGUCCGCGAAGACGAGAACACGGCCAGGAACCAGGCGCACAGUCAAACGAGUUCUGUAAUGGCCUACACUCUCCACCAUCAAGAAGGAAUGACCAUUCCGUAUUCCAUCACCAUCAUCGAUACCCCUGGUUAUGGAAACACAGGAGGAGUUAAAAGAGACAAGGAAAUCUCGGCUGCCAUCCACAGCUUCCUGACUCAACAAGAAAUUCCAAUCGAUGAAAUUCACGCCGCUUGUUUUGUGGCCGCUUCGGGUGAUAGUCGACUGACGGCCACCCAACGCUACAUCAUCGACUCUGUGCUGUCCAUCUUUGGUAAAGACAUGAAGGAUAACCUUCGGCUGUUGGUAACAUUCGCAGACAACGCCGAUCCUCCCGUCGUCGGCGCUUGUCUUUCUGCCAAUUUCCCUACAACAUCCGCAUCAGACGGCAUCGCCUACAGCAAAUUCAACAGCUCUGUUCUUUAUUGUUCCAAUGCGGAACAGGGAGAUGACGAAUUAAGUUUUGAUCAGUUAUUCUGGGACAUGGGUCAUGAAAAUUUUAAGAAAUUUUUUUAUAUGUUGGAAAGAAUGAAGGGCAGAGAUCUCACGUCCACAAGGGAAGUCAUUCACAGCCGCCGGCAACUGGAACAGUCGCUGAAAGACAUCGAACAAGAAAUGGAAGUGUGUCUAACCAACAUCGAAAACAUAGAAAUUUUACAGAGGAAAAUGAAAACGUGUGGCCAUAACAUGGAGGCCACCAAGAAUUUUACGGUUGAACAGACUGUUAUGCGCCCUAGGAAGUAUAGCUGUGAAAAGGGAUUCUUUGCUUAUAACUGCGAAAAAUGCCGAAAAACCUGCGAGAGGCGAGUAACAAAAAAAAGCUCUCUCCACAAAGAAAAAAGGCCUUGUGAAAACAAGGCCUGCAAAUGUCCGCCAUCUGAUCACUGCGUGGACGAAUGGGAAUGGUUCCUGAUUCCCGAGAAGGUAUCAAUGACAUUGCAAGAUGUGAAAGCCCAAUACGAAUUGAAUUACGAUGACAAGAUGACCGCUGAAAAAAUCCUAAACGCUUGCACGGAAGAUUUGCUUAUGGCUAGAGCCAAAGUCUUGAGUCUGGUCGAACAGGUGGCUGAGAACGUACGUUUACUUGAAUCGACAGCUCUACGGUCAAACGUACUCAGCCCAUCCGAUUACCUGAGUUUGAUGAGGAGUCGCGUUCAGGAAGAACAGGCACCUGGCUACAUGACACGUCUAGAGACAUUAGAUGAUAUACAGCGCAUGUUGGCCGGUGGCACGUCUCAACCGAUACGCAGCACAGCGGCAAUGCCAAACCAAGGGUUCAGACUCCUGUCAUCGAAUACCGAAAGAGUAUCAGAUUCGAGUGUCACGCCAAGUUACGGUCAAGCGUACAAUAAAGAGCCCAGCUUACCCGCUACGCAGCCCACACCCGUCUACGGUGAUGUCAGCGAGAGUAAAUCUGGUCGUUCUUGGACGAGUAAGGGUUGGCCUAGUAGCCUCUUUGGUAUUGGAAAACCAGCGGAAAGCGACAACCAAUCCCAACAACAGAAGAAAAAAAACGAAACAUGGAAGUUUUAAGUUAGUUUUUUGUGCAUAUCAAAAUUAAAUUACAGUUCUAAUCAUUUCUUUGUCUUAACAAAACGAUUUUUAUGGAGAACAAAAAAUAAAGGUAUUUGUGGGUG